CUCUGAGAACCAUUUAACAUUCAGAAUGAAGUUUUUACUAUUAACGUGUUUUAUUGUAAUUCUAGGCGUAAGCUCUGCAGAAAACGAGAAACGUCCUGUUUUAAAAAGAAUUGUAAGAAGUACUCUCGGCCAGAUCACUACUGCAGCCACUCAACAAUUAAAAACCCUUAUCAUAACCAAUUGUGUUGAUAAUGGAUUUACUGAUAUUGAAGAUGAUUUAAAGCAAUCAUUUAAUGAUCUUGAAGCAUGUGUUUCCAAAAGAAAAAUUUACGUAGAUAAUAAAGAAGACUUUAUAAAUAAUAUCAAAGAAUGUAGUCAAGAAUCUAUUAAGAAAGUCAAAGGUUGUUUGAUCAAAAAGCAGGCCUAUUUUCCUGAUUUUUUGUUAAAUCUUGCAAUAAAAAAUGUUGAGAUGUUUUAUGAUGAUCAAGAAAUAAUAACCAAUGACCUGGUACCAUGUAUGAAGAUAUUUGAACAAUUUGAUAUAUCCUUUGGAUACCUUAAGUGUAUAGUAACUACAUCUAAAAGAACUAACGAUACUGUAACAAUUCCUGACUCGCUUGAAACAUACUGUUCACGAUUUUUGCCUGGUAUACACUGUCUAACUGAUAUUCUUGAUAAAGAAUGUACCCAGUAUCCAAAAGUAAAAAAAUAUAGUGAAGAUUAUCUUCAAGCGAAUAAAUACCCAUGUGAGCAGAAAUACGAAUAAAUUUUUUAUUGUUAAUAUCGAUAUUCACCGCUUAAGUUUUAUUUAUGAGAAUCAGACUAAUAACUAGUUUUUAUUGUAUAUUGAGUUAUAAAUAAAUCUUAAUCUUAA